AUGCAAAACCAGACUUUGUACACUCCGAUCAAUGGGUAUGUGCAGCUGCCGGAGGAGGAGCACCUGAGGUGCCCGCGGUGCGACUCGGCGGACACAAAGUUUUGCUACUACAACAAUUACAACCUCUCUCAGCCGCGCCACUAUUGCAGGGCUUGCCGGAGGUACUGGACAAAGGGCGGCACCCUCCGCAAUGUCCCGGUUGGCGGCACCACCCGCAAGGCCAACCGGCGGGGCGCCGCCGCCGCCGGCCAACGCCCUCCGCCGGAGGCACGCGUGGUGGCGGCGCCGCCGCCAGCGGGAGGCGGCCUCGAGGGGCAGUAUGGUAAUUUUGGGGAGGGUUUGCAGCCGACGGGUGAGCCGGAGCAAAUGGGUAUGCCGGGAGGGGAAGGCAGCUGGCCGGAAUACCCUCCGGCAUACCCGCCAUGGUCGGGUUAUAUGUAA